GGUGUUCGUAUCUUCGUUUACUAUUCUUUCAAAGCUUUCAAGCAUCGUCACCAUCGUGCAUAAGCUGCCCACGUUCUUUCCUCUCUUCUUCCUUCACCAGUCUCCCCUGAUCUUCACCUUAAAUUAUCCUUAUUAAUCCAAUUUCAUCCCCUGAAUGUCCUUUCUAUCCACCUCCCACUUCUUCUUUUCCGCAGUUACAUCUGGGGUUCCAAUUUCUUAGCUCAAUUCCAUCGGGGUAUCCCAUAAUCGAUCAAAAAUGGGUGUAUGUAUCAGCAAAAGCAAAAGUUCUCCAAGAACUGAUGUGGGGAGUCCCUAUGAUCAGAGAUCGAAUGAGCCUAACAUAGUUUACUCCAAAUCCCCUGCUCCGGAAGCCCAAUUGCCGGCCAGAAAACAGCCACCACCACCCAGCCCCAAAAGGUUUUUCAAAUCGGAUACGAUUCUGGGCAAAUCAUUUGAAGAUGUCAAAGAACACUACACAAUGGGAAGAGAAUUGGGUAGAGGUCAAUUUGGGGUUACGUACAUGUGUACACAGAAUUCAACCGGGUUGAAGUAUGCCUGUAAGUCGAUAUCUAAAAAGAAAUUGAUUACAAAGGGGGAUAAAGAGGAUAUGAGAAGAGAGGUUCAGAUUAUGCAACAUUUGAGCGGGCAAGCUAAUAUCGUUGAGUUUAAAGGUGCUUAUGAAGAUAAGCAAUCUGUUCAUUUGGUUAUGGAAGUUUGUGAAGGAGGAGAGCUUUUCGAUAGGAUAAUUGCAAAAGGUCAUUACAGUGAAAGAGCUGCUGCUUCAAUUUGUAGAUCGAUUGUUAAUGUGGUUCAUGUAUGUCAUUUUAUGGGUGUGAUGCACCGCGAUUUGAAGCCCGAGAAUUUCUUACUUCUGGAUAAGAGUGAGAACGCGCUUUUGAAGGCAACAGAUUUUGGGUUAUCAGUUUUCAUUCAAGAAGGAAAAUCAUAUCGUGAUAUUGUUGGCAGUGCGUAUUACGUUGCGCCAGAAGUGUUGAAGCGUAAAUACGGGAAGGAAAUAGAUAUAUGGAGUGCAGGGGUGAUGCUGUACAUCUUACUCAGUGGUGUACCUCCAUUUUGGGCUGAGACGGAGAAAGGAAUAUUUGACGAGAUUCUGAAAGGAGAUAUUGAUUUUGAAAGUGAUCCAUGGCCAUCGAUUUCUACAAGCGCCAAACACCUCGUGCAAAGAAUGCUUACACUUGACCCUAAGAAGCGUAUAACUUCCGCUGAGGUUCUUGAGCAUCCAUGGAUUAGAGAAGAUGGAGAAGCAUCAGACAAGCCAAUCGACAGUGCAGUCCUUUCUAGGAUGAAGCAAUUCCGAGCCAUGAACAAACUCAAGAAACUCGCUCUCAAGGUGAUUGCUGAAAAUCUAUCAGCUGAGGAAAUCCAAGGGCUAAAAUCGAUGUUUAUGAACAUGGACACGGACAAAAGUGGCACAAUCACCUACGAUGAACUUAAAACAGGGUUGGCUAGACUCGGGUCAAAACUCAGCGAGUCUGAAGUCAGACAACUCAUGGAUGCUGUAAGUUUUUUCCAACUUUCAAGAUUUAAAGAUUGUCAUCAUCUAAUAAUAAUAAUACUAAUACUGGUUCUGUGUUACAUACAGGCUGAUGUAGAUGGGAAUGGGUCAAUUGACUACAUUGAGUUCAUCACAGCAACAAUGCAUAGACACAAACUAGAACGUGAAGAAGAUUUGUACAAAGCAUUUCAGCAUUUUGAUACAGAUGGCAGUGGGUUUAUUACAAGAGACGAACUGGAAUCAGCAAUGAAAAAAUACGGAAUGGGAGAUGAAGCUACCAUUAAAGAGAUUAUUUCGGAAGUGGAUACGGAUAAUGAUGGGAAGAUUAACUAUGAAGAAUUUUGCACAAUGAUGAGAAGCGGGACACAGGGAGGAAAGCUGUUCUAAUACAUCACAUGUACAAUGCUGUCUUGAUUCAUUCAAUUGUUUUUGGUUUUUACUUUUUAUAGUUAUGAAUUGAUGAUCUUUUAAUUCAAACUGUAUGCUAGUGACUAACUGGCUCUUGAACCAGCUUUUGUGUAUGUAAUUUGUUAGUAGUGUUAAUGGUUUCUGCAAACAAGUGAGUUAUUUCAA